CUGUGCAAACAUCUUUACGAAACCACACUACCUGUCAGUCUGAGGGAUCUUGUCUUUAUCGGCAUCUUCCACGCCAAUUGCAGGUCAUGUCACCCACAUACAUAGCCUUGUAACUUCCCAGUCUGAUAGCAGGUCGUCGUCAAGUCCGCACAGUACCUCACUAUGUCUGGCCUCGAGGUUGCUGGGGUGGUAUUGGGAUCUCUCCCAUUACUAGUAGUGGCCUUGGAACACUACGUUGAAGGGCUCUCAAUGAUCAAGAGUAUGCAAAAGUACGAGGAAGUAUUUGAGUAUCUUCACGCUUCGUUUGUAACUACCACUUGUAUCUACAGAAACUCUUGCGAAGAGCUUCUGAGCCCAUUGGCUCUCUCAGAUGCUCGAAUGAGUCAACUACUGGAGGAUCACGAGGAUUCGUCGUGGGAUGACCCGGAGUUCAACGAUGCUUUGCGCAACCGACUGGGAAACAACUACCUACCCUUCAGAUCCUCCGUCAAGCAACUGAACAAGAAGAUCAAACUCUUUGGUGCAAAGCUACAACUAUGCGAUAACUUCCAGCCGCCUUGGAUUACAGUCACGGGAGCGGUUGAUAUUAUAACACGGAAUAAGUUCUUCAAAGACCCUUGGCUGCGUAUAAAGGGAGGGUUCAAGUCGAAACCUUACAGGCAACUACUUUCAUCGAUCGAAGAAGACAUCAACCGCAUCUCUAGCCUUACUUCGGGGUCGAUCGCCCUUGAGCCAUUGCGACUCCAAAGAAGAAGAAAAGCCAAUGCGGAGUAUCUGCUGAAAUUUAGACAGCAGGCAGAGAAACUGUACGACGCUUUCAACACACGGUGGUCGUCAAGAUGUACAUGCCAGUUUACACAUCAAGCGAAUCUGCGUCUUGACAUUCAAAGAGACGAUGAAACAGGCAACCAUUCCAAAUUUAAGCUGGUAUUUACCUUUGGAACGUCGCAUGCUGGGUAUGCGAUGCCAUGGAGGUCGAUACCAGUAGAGAUCGAGGCUGUGGACGUGAUCGACACAAUAAAACCCGACAAUCGCUCACCACUCCCCAAAAUCGUGGUCCACUCAAACGAGAAAGUGCACGACCACUGGAAGUGUCUCAAAAGAGCGCCAAAUAUCAUAGACCUGUGUGCGACAUUGCAACGAUGCCCGGGUCGUGACUGCAUAGGAGUCAUGAGCAGUAAACUGACCAAACACCACAUUCACACUCUCCAUUUACCCAACGCAAGCACCAAUGAUCAGCGGGUCAGCUUGCAACAGAUGAUGGCUACGCAAGGUGCUACCUUCCAGAUCAAAGAAAAAUGUACACUCGCUCUUACACUCGCCUCUGCAGUCUACCAUCUCUACAACACACCAUGGCUAGAGGAGUCUUGGGGCUUGGAUGAUAUCUGCAUCUUGAGCCAAUCAGUACUAUCCGAUCAACCUUACAUAUCUCGAGACUUCCCAGCCACAGCAACACCACCAGCACACAGUCAAAGAAUGCGCAUAAUCAAGAACAGCAUUAUCUUUGCUCUCGGUGUUGCAUUACUGGAGAUCUCGUACGGCAAGCCACUGCAAACCUUCGUGACUAAGGAAGACCUCGACGAUGCGACCGGCAAUCGUACGACUUUCACCGAGUAUCUCAUAGCAGUUCGGUUGGCGGAGGGAUUGCGUACGCGGGAGUUGACGAAUUAUGCGGAUGCGACACAAAGGUGUAUACAUUGCAAUUUCGAGGCUUCGGUGUUUAGUCUGGAUGAUGAUGAUUUUAGGGAGAGGUUCUACCAGGGCGUCAUUAUGCCGUUGAGGAAGGACUAUGAGUAUGUUGUUAAUGCGUGAAAUGAAAACCCUCAUCUAUCGUGAAUUGAGCCAUCCAGGUUACUCUGCUUGUCUGAUAUAUGUCGCAGUACCUUUCAGCACCCAAACGUGCCCGCUGGGGUAAGAAAUACAGGAGCCCGAAUAUCUCGGCAAUCCAGUGCUCCCCACAUGAACGCCGGACGAACUACGGUCCGAACAGAGAGGUCAACAUAGCUGCGCCUCCCUAUCUGUGACAAUAGCUCCAGAAUCG